UGGAAGAAAAAGUGAGGUAAUUAAACUGCAAAACUAUUGUUGAACCAAAGCCCCCCUUCUUUGGCCCCUGAGCAGCAUCUGACUCCAAUUGGAAAAUAUCUGAACUGGCAGAAAUGCACAAUAGGCAGGUUGCCCGGCUUGGAAGGGACCCGGGCUGUUGCACAACCUGGAUGAUGAGGUGGGCGUUGCAUUUCUUUCCAGAUCCUAUAUUAGAUCUCCGAAGAGCCAGGCUGAUACUCUCUCCACAGCAGCACCUGGCAAGUGCUGCUGGAGCUGCCCGUCCCCAUGGAUCUCCUGGGAGCAGGGACCCUCUUCCUGGCCAUCUCCCUGGCCGGCCUCCUGCUCCUUUCCUCUUGGCAGCAAAUGAGCCGAAGGGGCAAGAUGCCCCCUGGACCCACGCCCCUCCCCCUGAUUGGGAACCUGCUCUGGGUAAACCGAAACAACCUGCCCAAUUCGCUCAUCAAGGAGUCGCCUUCAGCAAUGGGAAAAAACCCAUACAUCUGCGACGGUUCUCCAUCACGACCCUGCGCAAUUUCGGGGUGGGAAAGAGAUCCAUCGAAGAGCGGAUCCUGGAGGAAGCCCACUUCCUGCUGGAAGCCCUGAGGGGCACAAAAGGAGCCCCCUUUGACCCCACCUACUUCCUGAGCCGCUCCGUGUCCAACGUCAUCAGCUCCAUCGCCUUUGGCAACCGCUUUGACUACGAAGACCCGGAGUUCCUCUCUUUGCUGACCGCAGUGACAGAAGUCUUUCGCUUCAGCUCCUCAGCCCAGGGACAGCUCUUGGACAUCUUCUUUGAAAUUGUGCAACGCCUCCCUGGCUCACAGCAAAAGGUUUUGAAGAGGUUUUCGGAACUGAAGGAAUUUGUGGCCAAGAAGGCAAAAGCCCACCAGGAGACCCUGGACCCCAACUCCCCACGGGAUUUCAUUGACUGCUUCCUGGUGAAAAUGCUGCAGGAAGAAAAAAACCCUGACUCUUUCUUCUCCAUGGAGGAACUGGUCGCAACCACGCUUAACAUCUUCUUUGGUGGUACCGAAACGGUCAGCACCACCUUGCGUUAUGGGUUCCUGAUCCUGCUGAAGUACCCAGAGGUGGAAGAGAAGAUCCACGAGGAGAUUGACCGUGUCAUUGGUGUCAAUAGGACUCCCACCAUGGAGGACCGGCUGCAAAUGCCCUACACGGACGCUGUGAUUCAUGAGAUACAGAGAUUUGGGGACAUUCUCCCCCUGGCCCUGCCACGACGUGUCACCCAAGAUGUCCAGUUAAGAGGAUACACAAUUCCCAAGGGGACAGAGGUAUUCCCCAUGUUGGGAACAGCAUUGAGAGACCCCAAACAUUUUGCAAGACCUGAGGAGUUUGACCCCCAACACUUCCUGGAUGAGAAGGGGCAGUUCAAGAAGAAGGAGGCUUUCAUACCCUUCUGCAUUGGAAAGCGCUACUGCUUUGGGGAACAUCUGGCCCGUGCUGAGCUCUUCCUCUUCCUCACCAGCAUCCUGCAGCAUUUCCACUUCAAAUCAGCUGUGCCUCCUGAAGACAUCGACCUCUCCCCAAUGUUGGUGGGGUUCGGCACUAUCCCACAGAUCUAUGAGGUCUCAGUCAUCCCCCGCUGAGUGAGGCGCCCUCUGGAGCACUUGCGGCGUUCCUUUCUACCUCUGCCGAUUCCUUCUGGCUGCAGGAGGUGCCCUCUAAGGACACGCCUCUCCUGCUGAGGGCACGUAGCCGCCUCUCCAUCUGCAGAGAGCCUGGCACCUACGGGCACCCCCUCCCUUGCAUUGCACUGUGCUCCUGCUCCUGUACCCCAACUUCUGUACCUCUGUGGUCCUUGGUCUCCCUCCUUCUCAGACAGUCUAGUUCAAUCCUGCCUCUCUUUGAAGUUACCAACUCAGGCAGGUUUCUGUUUCGUAAAAUCUCCUCUGUAUGUUGACCUGUUCUCUAUACAAAUAAACAUUCUUUGCCAACCUAACAUGGAAGCGGAGGCAAAGUUGAAGGGUCCUGGGCCAGCAGGUGGAGCUUGAGGCUGGGGCCAGUUGGUGCCAAGGGCCGGCCUGUCCUUUCCCCGUCCUUCCUGAGCAGAAUUUCAGACUCUUCUGCCCUGACGUGGGAAAGGAUCACCUUGAGGAAUCCCUUCCAGGCUACCUGGGAAAGGAGCAGCUGGAAUUCCGGAAUUCCUUGCAAUGCUUGUAGCUCAUCCGCAGUAAUCAAAGAGUUCCUCUGGGCUUCUGGUUUGCUUGAAUCCCAAGAAUUUGAGCCUCCAGAAGGUCUUUUGACAUGUUUCCCUGAAGGAGGUAAUUAAGAGCAAACUGCCGUUUUCCCUCCUCCCCAAUGUUAUAAUCAGCCCCCCUCUUUGCUUUCCCUGUGGUCUCACCUACUGAGCUUCCUGGGGAACCUCGAAAAGUGGGUGCAAUGGCACAUCUACCAAGAGGGAAGCUGAGGCAAGGGGUCUGGGAACAAGCCGUGGCCUUCCUGAGCUACUGAUGUGUCCUCUUUGGGCUGACAGUCAGCCCUUUUCUCUGAAUUGGAUGCCGCUGCAUGGAAAGGAGCCCAGGCCACUGGGCAGCAGAAGGGGCCCCACUCCCAGGGACCCCCAGGCAGAUGAAGAGCCUUGCAGAGAGCUGUGCCGGCCCUGGGGAGGAUGGUGGCUGCCUUUCCCUUGGAAAGAAGGGGUGUCCCAUGUAGGAAAGAAAUCCAAUCCCCCUCCCCAGUUUCCUCCCACUCCUCAUCAACCAAACUUUCAGCCAGUUUCAGGCAAAAGGGGAGAAAUUGCACUGAAAUGGAUUUAAUGCCAAAGUGGCAUUAAAGAUGGCAAAGGGCAUCACCCUCCUCAACUACAGGAAAUCUCUCCUUAGGCUAUCAGAGAGCUCCCUGUUUCAGCUCCCUGGCUUUUCCGGCAGGCCUGGGGUUUAUAAAACCUAACCCCUGGAUGAUUGUCUUUGUACUGUUGUUUUGUUAUGUUUUAUGUGUUUUUUAUUGUUAGCCACCCAGAGUGGGGCGGCUUAUAAAUUUAAAUAAUAAUAAUAAUAAUAAUAAUAAUAAUAAUAAUAAUGGAAAAACUCCAAGGCCAGCGGGGAGCCUGACUGCUUGGCCAGACGGCUUAUUGUGCUUCCCAAGAAUUCCCAGAGCUGGGCUCUCUUCAUGCCCCUUCAGGGACCAGCGGGAGAGCUUUUCUCUUACAGAAACUCUGCGGGCAAAUUGACUGGUGGCCUCCUCAAAUGGCUGGUUUCGUAUUCUGUAUUUCGCUUGUACUCUGCCUUCCGGAAUAAACUUCUGCUACAAGCAA